AUGAGAGUAAAGAGUUAUCGAAGCCCGUCACGUCCCUAUAGUCCCGGAGGAACUCCUCCCUACAUUCCUCGCAUCGCCUCGUACCGACUCCAAUAUUUGUCGCUCCGCAUAUUAAGAGCUUGGAAUUCUUUAUCGGAAUUAAAUCUGCACAACGUGAGACGGGAACUGAUUCUCAUGAUGGAGUUGUUUGAGGAGGCGGAGUGCGCGGAUUGCUUCCAGGUCAAGUGUAAAUGCGUCAAGACACAGAAGACAGACAGCGGAUCGAUCAAGAGCGAGGAAAGCCAGGCCAGCGAGAAGAACUCCACUGAUGAUAAAGAACAGAAGGAAGCAGAAGAAAUAGUAGAAGAAGAAAGCUUGGGGCAAUCAACACCAGAGAAGGAAGAUGUCACCAAGAACAUAGAAGCGUGGAUAGAAGCUGCUAGUAAAGUUGAAGAAGAAGUAAAGACGUUCCCUGUCGAUCUGAAAGAACAGCUGCCAGUCAUCAAAGAAGACAAGGCAUCCCAGAUACAGAACAUUGUAUCCCGUACAAGCGCCGUCGAAGCUUUCUUCAAAUAUUUCAAAGUACCGCCAGCUACUGGCACGGUCAGCUUCGUUACAUCCAGACUAGCUGCUGCCUGUUCCAAAUCCUCUAGACAGAACUACUCGUAUUUUUAA